AUGACGACCUCCUUCUCAUCGGCCAAAAUCACACUGGGCUCAUGUAUGCCGUGCCUCCGCCCUGUUUCUUCUUCGGACAGCUUACACAACACUACCAAUCAACGACCCAACUCGACAUCAGGAGGGGAAGAACAGUACAAUGCCACUGUCAACCGUAUCCCCCGCGCACGUCCUGACGAGCUACAAGGUCUCCUAGCCGAUUCUUCGGAUAACGAGCGUGCAGAGACACUUUCGUUGCAUUUGAACCCUGGAAGAGGAAGCAGAGGGGGCAGACGAAAACGCAAGUCCAAGUCGUCGAAUACGAAUGGGAAGCCUAGGAGGAUAACGCUCUUCGGGUUCGACCUCUUCGGACGACCACCACCCAUCCAACUCCCACCCGACGACGACGACGCACCCUUAUUCCAUCGUCACCGCAGCAGCAGCGGGGGUGGCAGCACACCCACAACAACACUAACCACCCAAACCUUCGAUUCCGACGCCGCUCCGCUAGACAUAUCCACCAUCCAACAAAUCUCCGUCUCCAAAGCUAGUGAAGCAGCCAAGGCGGAGCUAAAGCGUAAAGAAGAGAGGAGACAACGGAGGAAAGCGAGGAAGGAGAUGAACAGGCUCGUGGAGGCUGGUGUUGUUGGUGGUGGGGAGGAAUUUGAAGGGUUUCAGGGGAGUGUGGUGCUGGUGGGGGGACGACGGCGACUACGUCUUCGUCGGGCUCUCAUUCCCGGUCUCACUCUCGAUCCCAGCAAUCAAGAGAAGGUUUUGGGAACUUCGUAUCCGCCCCUCCUCCAACAGCAGCAGCGGAGGAAGACGAUGAACACGCAGAUCUCGACGGAAGCCUGUACCUCGGAUUCACGUCGUAAUCGCUCGUCGCUGAGCCGGACCUCCGCGUCUGCGUCUGACCGAGCCCAACCCAAUCCUGCUGUCCCCAACCCCAACCGGCCCAAAUCGAAAUCCAAACGCUCCUCGACCUCCCAAUCACGAUCAAGAUCCAACACAUCCUCGCAAUCGCCCUCCCUCCAAUCACCUUCCUCACCAGCCUUCAGCGACGCUCAAAUCAUUAGUCCCAGUACCGUCGAGCAGGGACAGGGGUUCUUCGAUUUGGAAAAUGAUCUCAAUGAGAUGCCUGUAGGACGGAUUGGAGGUGAUGCUGGACGGAUUGGUGGUGGUGGCGGCGGUUUCCUAAUGACAGGCUUCGGAGGGGGAGGGGGGAAGAGGUCUAGUGAUUUUGGUGCGUUUUUGGCUAGGCGGGGGGAUGAGAAGGUAGGGGAAGGAGGUGGAGAUGGGGUACCGACCUAUACCCCUCCCCUCCCAGAUAGCGCGACCCCGCCUGCUUCCUAUAUGCUCAUACAUUGA